CUUUUCCUGCUUGGCUUAACUGGAAGACGAUAUUUAGACAACCAUGAGUGCUACAAAGGCGCAGUCUCAGAAAAUCUUUGAGAAACUAAAGACGAAACCCGCAAACAAGAUAUGUUUUGAUUGCGGGUCGAAAAAUCCGACGUGGUCUUCUGUUCCCUUUGGAAUAUACCUAUGUCUUGACUGCUCGUCGAACCAUCGAAAUCUCGGUGUCCAUAUCUCGUUCGUUCGCUCAACCAAUCUUGACCAAUGGCAAUGGGAACAGCUCCGCGUCAUGAAAGUGGGCGGAAAUGAAUCGGCUACCAAAUAUUUCCAGUCACAUGGUGGGACAGCGGCGCUAAACAGCAAAGACUCGAAGAUAAAAUAUACUUCCAGCGCGGCGGUGAAGUACAAGGAAGAAUUGAAGCGACGAGCAGCCCAAGAUGCAGAAGAAUAUCCUGAAGAGGUCGUGAUCACAGAUGUGGCUGCAUCGGCGACUCCAGAAGGGUCCUCCACUCCCGCUGGCGAUCCUGACGACGAUUUCUUUUCCUCGUGGGACAAGCCAUCCAUCAAACGGCCAAGCAAUCCUCCAUCUCGCGUUGGCACACCGGCUUCUGGAGGGCGCAGCUCGCCCUUCCUCACUCCAGGAUCCAACGGUAACGGAUCGAGACCCAAGUCUCCACUCUCUGCCGAAAAAGGAACGUCUCCAUCUCCCCCUGUUGCUGUCCGGACGGGUACGGCGGUCCGCAAGGGACCAACUGCCGGUGGAAAGAAAACGUCAGUCCUUGGAGCCAAGAAGGGACCCAAGUUGGGUGCAAAGAAGGUUGUUGGGGCGGACGCUAUCGAUUUUGAUGAGGCAGAGAGAAAGGCAAAGGAAGAAGCGGAGAGAAUUGCAAAGUUAGGCUACGAUCCUGAGUCCGAGAAGGCCGAAGAGGAAGCGGCCGCGAAGGGAAAAUCUGCUUCCUCGAUCAUUUCGCCCAAACCAGUGAGUCCCAGAUCUAGCUUCGGAACCACACGGAGCCAUGAAAGGAGUGCAAGCGAGGUUGAGAGGCUGGGCAUGGGCAUGGGUCGUCUCGGCUUUGGACAAGUUGGCAAACCUAAAGCUCCAGCUCCAAAGAAGCUAGGAUUUGGUGCUGUUGGACACGCAAAUACGGGCGUUGAUGAGGAAGAAUUAGAACAAACAAGAUCCAAGUUUGGCAACCAGAAGGGCAUCUCAUCUGAUGAGUUUUUCGGUAGAGAGCAGUUUGACCCUGCAGCUCAGGCGGAGGCCAAGGCUCGUCUUAGCAACUUUGAGGGAGCUACCUCCAUAUCAAGUAAUGCUUACUUUGGCCGCCCUGAGGAUGAACUUGCAGCAGGUGAUGACUACGGUGACCUGGAAACGGCUGCCAAAGACUUUGUUCGAAAAUUCGGGAUUACCGCUGGCGAUGAUCUCGAGAAUUUGACCAACUUAGUUGGUGACGGUGCUGUUAAACUCCACGGCGCCAUCCGUCACUACCUUAAUAGCUGA